AUGCGAAGGUAUCUAGCGGCAAGGACUGCCACGCUGGGGGGCGCGCACGAGGACACGCUGAAGACAGCGGGCAACCUCGGGCUGGUGCUCUACAGUCAGCGGCGUACCUCGGAGGCGCUGCCGCUGCUGCGCGAGACCAUGCAGGGCCUGGUCCACGUGUUGGGCCGCCAGCACCCCCUCACCCUCACGGUGAUGCAGAACCUCAGCCUCGCCAUGGGCGACCAGGAGCCCGCCUCGAGCGAGGCCCUGCGCCUGGGGAGGGAGGCCGCCGAGGGGAAGCAGCUGGCCCUGGGCUCCGAGAACCCGGACACCCUCGAGGGCUGGCGCGAUCUGGCGACGCUCCUGGAGAGGGCGGGGCGGUGGGAGGAGGCCGAGCGGUUCUUGAGGCAGGCGCUGGCCGGCCAGGAGCGGCUGCUCGGCUUCAACAGCAAGGCGGCUCAGCAGACGCUGCGGCAGCUCAGCGAGCUGCUGAGGAGGCAGGGCAGCGCGGAGGAGGCAGAGGAGCUGCGGAGGGAGCACAGCGUGGGCGUCGUCGUCUCCGCAGCCCCGCUGCCCGACCCGAAGCACAGGGGCCCGCUGGUGCUCGUGCUGCUUGCCCUCUACGUGCUCCCUGCCUGCCGGGGGUGCGGCAUUGGCAGGGCGGCAAUGGAGCUCUGGAAGGGCUUCGCGCGCGGGUCGGCCGCCGCAGCGCUGGAGCUCGAGCUGAAGCCCGCCGCCGACUGCUGGGGCUUCUUCUCGGAAGCUGUGGGCAUGGUGGGGCAGCGGCAGCAGGGCACAGACGGCACAGCGCCUGCGCAGCUGCGCUACGCCCUGUGA